CGCGCCGGCGAGAGCAGGGGCCCGCCCGGCUCCCCGCCCGCCCGCCGCGGCCCGAACUCAUGCGGCGCGGAGCGAGCGAGCCGCGCGGAGCCCAGCGGCGCCUUGGCCGAGCCCCUCCGCAGCAGGCUGCCUGCUGUUUCCCGGGGAGAUCAUGAAACGAGGUCGCCUUCCCAGCAGCAGUGAGGAUUCUGACGACAAUGGCAGCCUGUCAACUACUUGGUCCCAGAAUUCCAGAUCCCAGCAUAGGAGAAGCUCCUGCUCCAGACAUGAAGAUCGAAAGCCUUCGGAGGUGUUUAGGACAGACCUGAUCACGGCUAUGAAGUUGCAUGACUCCUACCAGCUGAACCCGGAUGAGUACUAUGUGUUGGCAGAUCCCUGGAGGCAGGAGUGGGAGAAAGGAGUCCAGGUGCCAGUGAGCCCCGGGACCAUCCCUCAGCCCGUGGCCAGUAGGGUCGUGUCUGAAGAGAAGUCCCUCAUGUUUAUCAGGCCCAAGAAAUACAUCGUCUCCUCGGACUCUGAGCCUCCCGAGUUGGGCUAUGUGGACAUCCGAACACUGGCUGACAGUGUGUGUCGUUAUGACCUCAACGACAUGGAUGCUGCGUGGCUGGAACUGACCAAUGAAGAAUUUAAGGAGAUGGGAAUGCCUGAACUAGAUGAGUACACCAUGGAAAGGGUCCUGGAGGAAUUUGAACAACGAUGCUAUGACAACAUGAACCAUGCUAUCGAGACUGAAGAAGGACUGGGGAUUGAAUAUGACGAAGAUGUUGUCUGUGAUGUCUGCCAGUCGCCUGAUGGUGAGGACGGCAACGAGAUGGUGUUCUGUGACAAAUGUAACAUCUGUGUGCACCAGGCCUGUUAUGGAAUCCUCAAGGUGCCAGAGGGCAGUUGGCUGUGCCGAACAUGUGCCCUGGGGGUGCAGCCGAAGUGUUUGCUGUGUCCCAAGAAAGGUGGAGCGAUGAAGCCAACCCGCAGUGGAACCAAAUGGGUCCACGUCAGCUGUGCUCUGUGGAUCCCUGAGGUGAGCAUCGGCAGCCCCGAGAAGAUGGAGCCCAUCACCAAGGUCUCGCACAUCCCCAGCAGCCGGUGGGCGCUUGUGUGCAGCCUCUGCAACGAGAAGUUUGGGGCCUCCAUACAGUGUUCCGUGAAGAACUGCCGCACGGCCUUCCACGUGACCUGUGCUUUCGAUCGGGGCCUGGAGAUGAAGACCAUCCUGGCAGAGAAUGAUGAAGUUAAGUUCAAGUCCUACUGCCCAAAGCACAGCUCCCAUAGGAAGCCCGAGGAGAGCCUGGGCGAGGGGGCCUCUCAGGAGAACGGAGCCCCUGAGCGUUCCCCCCGGAAUCCACUGGAGCCCUUCACCAGCUUGGAGCAGAACCGGGAGGAGGCCCACCGGGUGAGUGUGCGGAAGCAGAAGCUGCAGCAGCUGGAAGACGAGUUCUACACCUUCGUCAACCUGCUCGAUGUUGCCAGGGCCCUGCGGCUGCCUGAGGAGGUGGUGGAUUUCCUGUACCAGUACUGGAAGCUGAAGAGGAAGGUCAACUUCAACAAGCCCUUGAUCACUCCAAAGAAAGACGAAGAGGACAAUCUAGCCAAGCGGGAGCAGGAUGUCUUGUUUAGGAGGCUGCAGCUGUUCACGCACCUGCGGCAGGACCUGGAGAGGGUUCGGAACCUCACUUACAUGGUGACCCGCAGGGAAAAGAUUAAACGAUCUGUGUGCAAAGUCCAGGAACAGAUAUUCAAUCUUUACACUAAGCUCUUGGAGCAAGAAAGAAUUUCAGGUGUGCCUUCUUCCUCCUGCUCCUCCUCCUCACUGGAAAACAUGCUUUUGUUUAACAGUCCUUCUGUGGGCCCUGAUGCUCCCAAGAUAGAAGACUUGAAGUGGCAUUCUGCGUUCUUCAGGAAACAAAUGGGUACUUCUUUGGUUCAUUCACUGAAAAAGCCCCAUAAGCGAGAUCCAUUGCAGAAUAGCACUGGGAGCGAAGGCAAAAGUCUGCCGAAGCCGCCAGACCUAUGUGGUCGAAGGGAGGGGACGGCGGGCCCAGAGAGCUUUUUGAGUUUGGAAAAGACCUUUGCAGAAGCACGUAUCAUAUCAGCACAACAGAAAAAUGGUGUGGUGAUGCCAGACCCCGGGAAAAGGAGAGACAAUCGUUUUCAUUGUGAUCUCAUUAAGGGAGACUUAAAAGACAAACCUUUUAAACAGAGUCACAAGCCUCUCAGGUCCACAGAUGUGUCCCAGAGGCAUCUGGACAACACACGAGCCGCCACCUCCCCAGGAGCGGGGCAGUCAGCGCCCGGCACCAGGAAGGAGAUAGUGCCCAAGUGCAACGGCUCCCUCAUCAAAGUAAACUAUAACCAGACUGCAGUCAAAGUGCCUACAACACCUGCCAGCCCAGUGAAGAACUGGGGAGGAUUCCGGAUUCCAAAGAAGGGGGAGCGGCAGCAGCAGGGAGAGGCCCACGAGGGGGCCUGCCACCAGCACUCAGACUACCCGUACUUGGGCUUAGGCCGAGUUCCAGCCAAGGAAAGGGCAAAAAGCAAAUUAAAAUCCGACAAUGAGAAUGACGGGUAUGUCCCUGAUGUAGAAAUGAGUGACUCAGAGAGUGAGGCAUCAGAAAAGAAAUGUAUACACGCCAGCAGCACUAUCAACAGGAGGACAGACAUUAUCAGGAGAAGCAUCUUGGCCUCCUGAUGGAGAGGGCGCACUGGGGGCUUGCCAUCCAUCGGGCAUGCCAGAGGAGAGUGCUGACACAGUGGACAGGCAGAAACAAUCCGUUACUCCUGAGCUAUAAACACAUGUACUUGUGAUUCAGACCCAUUUUAUCGCCCAUCAUUUAUAAAUCAUUGUGAGAUAUUUGUGUUAUUUGCAACUUGUUGAGGAAAUAUAAGAGUAGAUUGUAACUGUAAGACACUGCUCAGACUAGAGCCUGAAUUCAACACUAAAACGAGAACGAGUGAAAUAAGUUUUAAAGAGGGCAAGGCUUAAAUAAGCCUGGUGAGUUUUUAUUUUCCUCUGGAUUCUUUCCAAAGCACAAACUCUUGGUUACCUGAAUAUGUACCCUAUCAAACAUGGUUCUUGAGAAACCCUCAUGCACCAUUUAAUAGCCCAUAAAACUUAUUUUCUAGGACUGUGGUAGAUCUUGAAAUCAUAUUUAUACUUUGGCCCACAAGGCUGUUUUUGUUGCAUUACCAUGUACAGGCAGCAGCUCUGAAGCUUCAGUAAUUCUAGGAAAUUCAUGUGUAAAUACAGCAGAUGGGGGAGAGAGAAUUGAAGGUCAUCACUGGAAGAGCUGAUGGGAUUGCUGCAGUUUGGAGAUCUAGGGUACAUGUAGCACAAAGUCCCUUGAGUGGGUGUGGAUACAGGACUGGCAGGAGUGAAGCCAUUAGGAGAGUUCUGUCUAUGAGAAAGGGCAGUUGAGGUCCAAUUUUUACCAGACCUCUUGACUUUCCUUUUCCCUAACCACUGGCCCUUGGGAUUUUCCUGGCCAUUGGCAGUACCUGGCCAUCUGGCUUCCAACAACACAAUGGCUAUUCAAGUUCAAGCAAUGAACUUCCAGACUCUGGUGACUCAGACUUCCCAGAGCCAACCACUAGUGCAUAUGUUGGGGAAUCCGGGCUUCCAACAUGAACGGAUUCCUUAAAAAAAAAAAAAAAAAAAAAGAUUAAAAAAAAAGGAAAAAGAAAAAAGCAAAAUAGGUUAUAUUUUAAAAACAAUAGAAGGGCAAUAAGUUGCGAUAAGCUCUUGUCAUUGACCAAGGUUAUACAGGAAAGAGGUUGAUGUCUACCCUUGAGUAAGUUUUCUGGAGUCAGAUCUAAGCUUUUAUUCGUAACUUACACUUUCUAAUUGCAAAUGGCAAUAACUAGUAAGUGAUCAGCAAUAAUAAAUUUAGCAUUAAAUUUGAGUACAAUGUUCUGUUUUUGCACUUAUUGUAGUGCAUAUGUAUUAAGACAGUGGAUAGUGUUAAGGUCCUGUUAAUUUUCUUUGGAAUUUAAUGUAGUUGUGAAUCAAAUUUAAGAGAAAGCAAGUUUAAAUAGCAACGAGAUUUAGAAUUAUGGGCACUUGGAACAAGCCCGACUUCCCCUAAACUGCCCCUUAGUUUGUUAAUAUCAGUAUUCCGAUUCUGAUUGAUUUAUACAUCUGUUUCCAUGUGGCAGGGACAUUCUGAUACUUCAUGAAUAAUGCUUGAGUUCUGUAGUUAACUUUCAAGUCUUCCAGAUGAUUGUCAACAACGAAAAGGCUUAUUGAAUUCCAUCUUGCUAUGCAAGUUUUAUCAGAUGAUCAGAUAGUAGAUCUGACGCAUCCCCAUUGUAUGUGUGACAUUUGCAAACCAAGUCUUAACUUUCUGAGUACGUUUCUAGCUAAUUCAGGGGAGGGGAAAGAAUGACCCAGGUUUUUAGACUGUCUAUUUUUGAGCGAUGGGGGCUCAUUUUGAGACUGCUGUCCAGAUAAGUUUGUUGCUACCAAUCUGAGAAGGUUCUUAUGGAUCCAGGUUGGACCUUGGCUUGUAGCAUAAUUUAAAAAUCUUUUUUUUUUUUUUUUUGCAUAUGAGCAAAAACCUUUUGCUGGAUUCAGGAGAAGGUGGACUCUAUCUGCAGUUAUCUUUUGACUACAGCAGCAGCCCUGGGUGAGAGGAGUAGGAUUUAUAGAGAGAGAAUUUGUUAAGCCAUAGAAAGAAAAUCGAAAUUAAUUCUCGUAAGCAUAUGACCUCUCACCAUUUUAAGAGGUACCAGAGUCGUUUGCACUAUUAGGAAUGCUAGUUUUGUGCAAAAAUAAUGCCUUACCUGUUUUUCCCCCCAUAUUUAGGUUGAAAAGCUUUCAAACGUUCCAAGUUAUGCUGAACCAAAAAAUAAAAAACAAAAAAUAAACCCAUACAAAACACAUACAAAAAA